AUGCAUGACUGCAAUGCUGUCCAAACACCGAUGGAAGCUGGUCUGGUUCUUUCGAAGUCUCGAGAGGAACAGAGCAUUGACGAGAAGGAUUUUAGACGUCAGAUAGGUUGUUUUCGCUACCUGUUACACACGCGUCCGGACCUUGCAUAUAGCAUGGGACUACUAAGUCGGUACAUGCAUGAUCCUAAGGUUUCACAUGGUAAUGCACUAAAGGUAAUACUUAGGUACCUAAAGGGAACUACGGCUCAUGGCUUAACAUUUACGAGAGGAAACAAGAUGGAACUAGUUGGCUACAGUGAUAGUAGUCACAACAUAGAUGAGGACGACAGAAGGAGUACAACGGGGCACAUAUUUUACUUGAAUGAUUGUCCUAUCACUUGGUGUUCUCAGAAGCAAGAGACUGUUGCUUCGUCAUCAUGUGAAGCAGAGUUCAUAGCAGCCACCGAAGCAGCUAAACAAGCCAUAUGGCUUCAAGAACUACUUGGAGAAGUCACCGAGAAGACAUACAAGACUGUAACCGUGUACAUUGAUAAUACCUAA